GGUAAAAUGAGAAUGAUUAUUAAUGGGAAAUUUUUUCGCGAAAUUCAAUGCAAUUGUUGGUUUGCGGAUGAAAGAGUACAAGAAUGUGAUAGUACGGGUGUUGAUGUACAGGUUUUUUUUAUAGUCCCUGUGAUGUUUUCGUAUUCCGCAAAACCUCAACACACUCUUGGUUCGGCACACUAUUUAAAUGAUUAUAUUGCUCAAGUAUGUGCCGAAGAUCCAAAGCGUUUUAUUGGAAGUCACAUUAAUGAAUGGAAUUUGGUUUCACCAGAAUUGAAUCCAAUUUGGGAGGCAUGUGAUGAACUUAAAGUUCUGGUGUUUGUUUAUUCUUGGGUGAGAUAUUUCAAUGGUGAUUUAUAG